AUGUCAACAAUGAAUCGUAGGGCUUGGUUUAGUAAGAUGACGAGCCGUAGGGCUCGGUUCGGCAAGAAGACGAUCCAUAGGGCUCAGUUCAGCAAGUUUGCGAGGCAUAAGGCUUGGUUCGCCAAGAUGACGAGCCGUAAGGCUUGGUUCGGCAAGAUUACAGGCAACAGGGCUCAGUUCGGGAAAACAACAAACCAAAGAGUCUUUGUGGGCCAAGGCGACGAUCCCAGGACCGAGGCAAGCCCGAAUCGACGAGCUGCAAACCGUGGAUGUUGA